AUGUGGAGCUAUGCACAAGGCCUUCCUGGCCUAGGCCAUGGUUUUAUGAUAAAAUAUGGUAAGGACUACUUUUGGGAAAUGGACUUUGCAGAGCCGUUGGGUGGACAUGGGGUGAAAAGAAAAUACAGUGAUAAUGAAGAGGAUGCCCUCCCCAACAAGACUUCUCGGUUGGAGGCCGGUUACAAACUUGGCCCCAAAAACGGCCGACCUGGCACAAUCAAGAAGGCUACUGGCUCCCCUGUCAUACAAGAUGUUUCCAUUGACAAACCAUGUACCAAGGUUGAUCCACAUGCCGGUCGCAGCCCAUCAACUAACAUUGAUUUAGUCAAGUCGGCCAUGGCUGUCCCUGUCAAGGCAAAACCUAAACCUCGGCCCAUCAAAGGCAAGGUUUCCACUGAGCUCGGUAUUGUGACCCGAGAUCGGUCAAAGAGAAUUGCUGAAGAGAGUGUUCAAACCACCCGAUCCAAGAAAUGUUAG